AGCGAAUCUCUCUGCGCUGCUCUCCUUUCCAAGACUUUUCUGAAUGUGCUUGCACAACACGCUCGGCAUCUUCCCCCUUCGCCGCUAUCACCACUUAAACCGAGACGGUGCACAAUCUGACUCGUGUGGUUGUUGUGCAUUCAGCUGGUCUGUGAAGGCACGUGCGAGUGGCGUACAUUGCCAGAACUGCCCCGGAAAUUCUGCUCCUCCUUUUUAGCAUCGAGCUAGAAUAACUCCAUCCAUUGACAUUCCUCACUCAACUCAUCCUCAUCCGAACGUUCUCCAGCGCUUCUGACGCGCAUGGUGUCUUUCGCCUGAGUACAGCGAACACCUUUCGACUUCCCAAGCCAUAUAAUCGUCGCUUGUCGACGCGCCGUGGCCCUUCCCACGUCUUCUGGUUGACAUUCAUCACCUCCGCCAUCAUGUUGGUUCGAAGCACGCGCAACAUGGUGCCCAUCUUGGGCAUCGUGUUGCUGCUUUUCGUCAUCGGCACUCUGUACCGCAGCCCUCAGCUUCCUGGAGACAGUAUCGACUAUCUGCGCAAAUUCGGAAGCGAUCGGUCAUCAAGCAAAUCGCAUCAGCAGACUGGCUAUGACGAUGCGCCAGAUUUCGCCCAAGGCGGAUCGUACACCGAGGAUGGCACCGCCGCGGAUCCUCUCCACCCUGAACACCCCGUCGCCAACCCGAACCCGCUCCCAGGCGGCGAUGCCCACAAGGCUGAGCAUACGACCACCUCGACCACCACUUCGCGCGGUGUCCCAGCAACCAAGACUGCGGACGCUAGCAGCACUGAAGAGACUGGAGAUGCCCCCAAGCAAGAGAAGGUUGCUUUCAACUAUGGCGAGGUACACCAUGCUGAUCUGACCAAGCCCGCAUGGAAGCCUGGUGACCCAAAGCCGGACAACUACUGGACUGACGCGCCUCGCCGCGAGAUUCGUUCCAAGCUCAAGCCGGAUGGAUCUUACUGGAAGGUCGACAUGCGCAGCUACCGCGGCAUCAAUCCUAAUGUCAUUCCGGACCCAAAAUACUUAGACAGAUAUCUGAUCGUCGCUCAGCAGCAUCAAGAUACUCACGAGAACAUCGUCUGGCAUACCGAGCUCACCUGCCGCGCAAAGUUUGAGUCUAACGGCGAUUUGAAGUGUGUUCAGGAGCCUAUGAUUCUUCCUAUCGCGAUGACCCGCACCGACAAGUGCGAAAACACCGAUUUCCCAUUCAUCACCAUGAACAUUGGACCGCACGACGCCCGUCUUUUCAACGGUCCCGACCGGCCGUACGUGAUGUGGGGUGCUCAAUCUAAGCACGUAUGCUUCGGACAGUGGCUUCAAGAUUAUCGACCCAUGACUGAUUGGAUGGCCAACUACACCUACGACACCAUUCCCAAGAACAACGACUUUGAGAUGGCCACCGAUUUGCAACGCCCGCCUCCGUAUGGACAGGUUGAAAAGAACUGGUUCAUGUUCUGGGAUGCUGACAACGCCACCUACUUGCAUUACCACGUUUACCCUCGGCGUAUUUUCGCCCGACUACAUCUUGACGGUUCAGUCGGUCCAGAUCUCGCCCCGGCCGCGUAUGAGCACGAUGACAAAUGUUGGGCCAAGCACAUCGAGCUUGCACCUGUACAAGACAUCCAAGCCGACGACCACUUGCACCAAGCCACCAACAGCUUGAAGAUCACCAUGUGCCACAAAAAGACCGACCCGGAUUGCAAACCUCGUGAUGACAACACCUUCCUCAUGACCGUUUUCCAGCACAAGGUCAGCCGAAUGUUCCACGCCAUGUACGACCCAUACGUGAUGCUCUGGGAGACCAAGGCACCAUUCAAGUUGCACGGCAUGUCCAAGGUUCCCUUCUGGAUUCACGGCCGAAGCGACAACAUCACCAAGGCCGCGCACGACAUUGAUCUCAAGGCCGUAGCGGACCAGAGCGAGCAAUUUUACAUUACCAGCUUCAACUGGAAGGACGUUGGAAAGAUGUACCACGGUUACCUCGAUGACGACGUUAUUGUCGCAUUUGGUAUUGAGGACUACCAAGCCGCGGGCAUCGAUGUCGGGAUUGAGGAGUUGAUUGGAGAUUACUUUACUUGCUAGAUUUCUCUUCUCUUGUUUCUGAAGCGGUCGGAUCUUUUUCUCUUUUCAUGACACUCGUCAAUUUGGGUCGGCGGCCUUGGUACUUCUGUAUCUCUUGGAUAUUCAGCGGGAAUGAAGGGGAAUAUGAAAUGCGACGAUGAACCUCUGAUGGGAGAAUUCAUACAAAAGACUUUUGCUUGAAAAAAUGGAGCGCGGAAUCCGCCGUUCUCGCUUUCUCGGGACAAUGGCGGCGACGAGCGACGAAGACGAUGAGAUCAAGUGAUCUUUUCGACUCGAAAGUCCUCCAUGUGUCUUGAGCUUGACUUUUGAUGUCAAAUUAGGCCAACUGCUGUGAAUGAGGAUUAUAUAUUUACAUGUACAUUGAUUGAAUGAGAGGCGUUUUCUGAACUUCCGAG